UCUCAUCAAUCUUUUCUCUAUAAAUACUUGAAAUCCACUCCACUAUUAAUGAAAAUCUUGAAUAAUAGCGCGCCAGCCGCACGAGCUUAAGUUUUUGUUGCAUAGAUAUGCAACCGCUGGGUAAAGGGAGCCUUUCAGAUGGAUCCGUGCUCAGAGCUGAGCCGUGGUGCUCAUUAGUAGGGAUAGUGCAUGUUGUGUUCGACGUGUGUUGUAAUGGGAGGGCACCGGGGGUUCAGUCUCUGAUGAUCCAGGUGGCAAAGAAGGCGAGCGUACUGAAGAGACGAAAGUCAAGGAAUCGGAUGGACGUUCAGCAACAGCAACAGCAACAGCAACAGCAACAGCCACUUCCACCAGUUACAAUAUCUGGUGGCAUGUCUAGUGGGAGCACUACUGGUGAUAUUGGGCUUCAGAACGAGAAUCAACGAACGGAAAAUGAGAGUGAUGUUAUCUUUUACAUGGAAGAACCAAAAGCUAGUACACCUAAUCGUGCUAGACGCGAUAACCG